AUGGCACUCGCCGCACCUUCGCGUUCCGACAACCUCGUCAAGCAUGCCAUCCACCGCCGCAACCAUGCGGAGAUUCCGGCGACAUCGACCCGUGAUGCCCCAGCCUCUGCCUGUACUAACGGCAUGCCGGCCUCCAAGCAGCAUCCUGCAGGCUACCCGAUCGACGACUACACGCUGGUGACUCCGGAUUCCAAGAACUGGACCUCGUAUGCGGUUGCGAAGGACUGGUACAGCGACCAUUUCGUCUCCGGCCCACACGCAAUGAGUUUCAGUCAUGAGAGCGACCCGUAUGGCCCGUUCAAGUGUCAGUACACGUGUAACGCUGAACCCAACUGCAAUGCCUAUUUUGCGUGGUACGAGAACAUCGAGACCAACAACGAACACAUCAACUGUGUCCUGUUUGAUGCCGUUAUUCCGACCUCGAUCUUUGUUGAGGCCAACGGCACCAUUGCCUCGGGCGCCUAUGACAGACUCUGUAACCACUCGUCCUAG